AUGUUUGAGACACUCAGUCGUAAGACCCAGUACUCGCACCCAAGGAUGGGGGGCACCAGCUCCAACAGGAGACCUCCCUCCCCUACACCCACCCGUGUGUCCAUGAAGAUGUGUGUGUGUGUGUGUGUGUGUGUGUGUGUGUGUGUGUGUGUGUAUGUGUGUGUGUGUGUGUUUUCCUGCAGCUUAAAGAACGAGAGCAGGUCCCACUUACCUACAGUUAGUGAUGAUUGGUCCAAAGAUUUGCCAAUCAACCCUAAAGGAGGAGACUCAUCCAUUGGAAUAUAUCAGCAAAUCCACAAAUCCCACCUGCAGAAGAAGUUUCAGUCUCUGAUUGAGGGAAUCCCACAGCAGGGAGACACCAGACUCCUCCAUGAGAUCUACACAGACCUCUACAUCACGGAGGGGGGAAGAGGAGAGGUCAAUGAUGAACAUGAGGUCAGACAGAUAGAGAGGGCAUCCUGGAGAGAAGCAGCACGAGGCAGACCAAUCAAAUGCAGUGACAUAUUUAAACCCUUAUCUCAACAAGUCAAACCCCUCAGAACAGUGCUGACAAAGGGAGUGGCUGGCAUUGGAAAAACAGUCUCUGUGCAGAAGUUCAUUGUGGACUGGGCUGAAGGAACAGCUAAUCAGGAUAUCCACUUCAUAUUUCCUCUUCCUUUCCGGGAGCUGAACCUGAUGAAGGAGAAGAAAAACUAUUUCAGUCUGGUGGGUCUUAUUCAGUACUUUUUCCCUGAAAUCAAAGAUCCAAGAGUCUUCACCAGUUCAGAGCACAGAGUCAUGUUCAUCUUUGAUGGUCUGGAUGAGUGUCGACUUCCUCUAAAUAUCCGCUCCAACCCAACCUGUUGUGAUGUGACAGAGCCAGUCUCAGUGGACGUGCUGCUGACAAACCUCAUCAAGGGGGAUCUGCUUCCUUCUGCUCUCCUCUGGAUCACCACCAGACCAGCAGCAGCCAAUCAGAUCCCUCCUGAGUGUGUGAACCAGGUGACAGAAAUAAGGGGAUUCAAUGACCCACAGAAAGACGAGUACUUCAGGAAGAGAAUCAGUGAUGAGAACCUGGUCAGUAACACCAUCACACACCUGAAGUCAUCCAGGAGCCUCUACAUCAUGUGCCACAUUCCAGUCUUCUGCUGGAUAUCAGCCACUGUUGUAGAGAGCACAUCAAAAGAAUCAGAGAGUGUAGAAAUGCCAAGGACUCUGACUCAAAUGUACACACACUUCCUGAUCAUUCAGACAAGCAUGAAAAAUGUCAAGUACACAGAGAGAAAAGAGACAGAUGAAGAGGUGAUUUUCAAACUGGGCAAACUGGCUUUCCAACAGCUGGAGAAAGGUAAUCUGAUCUUCUAUGAGGAAGACCUGAGAGAGUGUGGCAUUGAUGUCACAGAAGCAUCAGUGUACUCAGGAGUGUGUACUCAGAUCUUCAGAGAGGAGGCUGGGCUGUACCUGGUGAAGGUGUUCAGCUUUGUGCAUCUGAGCAUCCAGGAGUUUCUAGCAGCUUUAUAUGUGUUCCUCUGCUUCAGCAACAAACAGAGAAACAUGCCUGACCAACACCAAACCUCUCAGCUCUCUGCUCUGUUCAGAGCUGCAACACCUUAUGACCUACACAAGACCGCAGUGGACCUGGCCUUACAGAGUAAGAAUGGACAUCUGGACCUUUUCCUCCGCUUCCUUCUGGGCCUCUCACUGGAGUCCAAUCAGAAUCUCUUAAAGCGCCUACUGCCACAGAGCAGCAGCCAAUCAGAUAGCUCAGAGCAAACAGUCCAGUAUGCCAAACAGAAGAUCAGAGAUCAGAGUAGCUCAGACAGAAGGAUCAACCUGUUCUACUGUCUGAAUGAGAUGAAUCACCAUGCUGUAGUGGAACACAAAAAGAGCUCAGUAGAUCUGCGUGUACACAUGCUCUUACCAGGAGAGUGGAAGACUGUGACAUUUAAGUUUAAGAUGUCAGAAGAGCAGCGGGCUGAGUUUGACCUGCAGUACAUGGGGACUCCAGAGGAAGAUCAGACUGAACUCCUCAGUCCAGAUGAAGUUCUUCAGAAGUUGGUGCCAGUGAUCACAACAUGCACAUCAGCUAUGUAA